CCAUCAUCAUUCAUUCAUCUCAUUUCAGCCCCGGGGCACUUUGCUCUUUCGAACCAACCAGCCUAAUAAUAAUAUCCCUUCAAUAUCUAUUAUCUCCACACUUUCUCUCUCUUGCCAACUCAACUCACUCUCUUUCUCUCUCAUAAAUAAAAGAAACACACUUUACAUGCAUCUGCAAUUAAUGCACCAUCUUCUCCCACUCCCCAACCUCAACCCCAACACCAACAACAAUCUUUCUCCUCCAGUAGUUCUGCUUUCUGAAUGAAUUACACACUUCUGAAUUCUUAUGACAAUUUAAAUUAUACAGUUGCUCCAACAUUUUCCUUUUAUACAUACAUGCUUAUAUAUAUACACACUCAGAAAUAAACUGAAUCUGCCCAUCAAGAACAAGCUGGCUCGGUUAUCGGUUCGUGUCUUCAUCGGCGAAUUUGACAUUUGAAUUACAGAAACGGGUCAUUUCUAUCUUUAGUAUUAAAGCGCCGGGAUCUACUUAUUUUUUUUAACUCGGUUGAUGUACUAUCCUUGAUCUGUAAUUAUCUUCUGAGAUUUGUUCAUACGAAGAAGACGAACAAGAACAAGAACCUUAUUCUUUAAUAUUGAAGCGAGAUGGUCUGAGAAAAUGGGGGGUUGCGUAUCAAUUAGUAGUCAGAGUAAUUGUAGUAGCAGAAGUAAUGGAGAGAAAAUAUCUCCGUCGUGUUUGUGGGUAGAUAUGUUUCAGCGAAAGAGAAGUAGGCGAACAUUUUCCGACCAUGCCACUACUUUACAACAUCUCUCCUCUGUUCCUAAUCGGAUAUUUACAAACGGAAGGAGCACCAGUUCUUGCAUAUUCACUCAGCAGGGCCGUAAGGGAAUUAAUCAAGACGCCAUGAUUGUGUGGGAAGAUUUUAUGACCGAUGAUGUUACAUUUUGUGGUAUAUUUGACGGGCACGGUCCACACGGACAUCUAGUUGCUCGUAAAGUGAGGGAUACACUGCCAUUAAAGCUAUCGUCUUUUAUGAACUCGGCCGAAUCGAAGAAAAAUAGAUCUAAUGCUAAUUGCUGCAAUGGAGAUAUGAAAUCAGAUGUGGUGGACCCCGUAGUAAAAGAUACAUCUGUAGAUUCAUUAUGGAGAGAAGCUUUUCUGAAAUCUUACAAGUCGAUGGACAAAGAAUUGAGGUCCCAUCCUAAUUUAGAUUGCUUCUGCAGUGGUAGCACUGCUGUCACUCUAGUAAAACAGGGUUCAAAUCUUUUCAUGGGCUAUAUUGGUGAUUCGAGAGCAAUAUUGGGAUCUAAAGAUAGCAAUGAUUCGAUGGUUGCAAUCCAAUUGACGGUUGAUCUAAAGCCUGAUCUACCCAGGGAGGCGGAAAGGAUAAAACGGUGCAAGGGUAGAGUAUUUGCACUACAAGAUGAGCCUGAAGUGCAAAGAGUUUGGCUGCCAUUUGACGAUGCACCUGGUUUAGCAAUGGCUCGUGCUUUUGGUGAUUUUUGUUUGAAGGAAUACGGAGUUAUCUCCAUUCCUGAAUUCUCUCAUCGGAUUCUCACCGACCGAGAUAAAUUUGUUGUUCUUGCUUCAGAUGGGGUAUGGGAUGUCUUAAGCAACGAAGAAGUGGUGGAGAUAGUUUCAUCGGUCGCAACAAGGGCAUCAGCCGCUAGAACCGUGGUGGAAUCAGCCGCUCGUGAAUGGAAAUCGAAAUAUCCGACAUCUAAGAUGGACGACUGCGCAGUUGUUUGUUUAUUUCUAGACGGUAAAAUGGACUCCGAGUCUGAUUAUGAGGAACAAGGUUUCUCAUCUGCUACCAUCCAAAGCAAUCACUCUGGCAAUAUUGCUGUUGAAGAAUCGGACGAUGGACAGAACUCCGAGCCUUGUCUCCAGAGAAACUACACCGUCCGAUCUUCUGAUCAGGAGAACGAUCAUUAUAACAGGGUGGGGGUUGAUGUAGAAGAUUGUGGCAUUAGUGAAGAUCAGAACUGGUCCGGUUUGGAAGGGGUUACGAGAGUCAACUCUUUGGUUCAACUUCCCCGAUUCUCUUCUUCUGAGGAGAGGCCCAGACCUUGACUUUAUAUUAUUACUACAUCACUCAAUUUCAUUAUUAUUAUUGUUUUUGUUAUGACAAUUACUGGGCGUUAUGUGUCUCUCUGAUCCAAGAAAGUACAACAAAUGUUUCUUGGAUUUGAUCGAAUCUUGUUUUAUUAUGGUUUUAGUGAAUGUUUAGCAUGUGUUAUAUUUUUUGUAUAGCGUUUGCACCGUUGGAUUGUUCUUUCUUAUAUGUAUAGUAACCGUUUUCGUUUA